UUUUCGGAAAUAUAAUUAGUUACGGCAUCUCGGCCUCAUCUCUUGUGAGCCGUCACGCUUGCUUUUUCCAACGACCCCAAAACCAACCAUUAGAAGAAGCAGCAAAGGAUUCGACUCAUCGUCGUCUUCUCUUCCGCCGGCAUCUGAUCCGAGUAGUGGAAAGAGACAAGCCGAUACCCCAGGGAAUUAUGGAUUCAAGAUUAAGUUUUUUACUUCUUAUGCUGGUAGUCAGUUUUAUCUCAGCAAAUGCCAGAAGUUCGGCUACCAUGGAUGUCUUUGCUGUGCAUGUGGAUAAUGAGGUACAAAGUGAGAGUAAUAUUGGCAGGAAUGAAAAGUUAUGUACUCUUUGUGAAGAAUAUGCAUCCCAGGUUAUAAACUAUCUUGGUGAAAAUGAAACUCAAACUCUGAUUAUCAGUAGACUUCACGAAACAUGUUCCCAGCUGCAUUCUUUGAAACGACAGUGUCUUUCAUUGGUAGAUUACUAUGUCCCAAUUCUUUUCGUGGAGCUUUCAACAAUAAGUCCAGAGCAAUUAUGUGAAAAGGUGAAUCUCUGUGGGGAGGCUGUACUGGUGAAUCUGCCAAAGAAUGAUGAUGCUUGCUCCCUUUGCCAUAAUAUUGUCGCAGAGAUUCUUACCAAACUGACAGAUCCUGACAGACAGCUUGAAGUGAUUGAGAUACUUCUGAAAGGAUGCAAUAAAAUGGGGAAUUAUGCCAAAAAGUGCAAGAAAAUGGUCCUCGAAUAUGGCCCCCUAAUCCUGAUCAAUGCUGAGAAUUUCCUCCAGAAAAAUGACGUCUGCGCUGCUAUCCAUGCAUGCCAGGACAGUAAAGUAGAUCUCACUGGAUCCGUGCUUGCUGAUGCUUGAGCUGUGAAAGUAAAGAAGCUGGAGGGAAUCCCCAUGGUCAGAAGUUAUUAUGCAAUGAACUGGAUCUUCCAAGUAUUAUAGAUGGAAAAAGAUCAACUCACGCUUGUGAUUAUUACAUUAGCUUAUCGUAAAUCACCUUACCGAUAGCCCAUCAUAUUAGAUUCCAUAAUAUGUAUAAUUUCUCACGUUUUCUGCUGGGCAACAUGUCCACCUAUUUCUCCGUCUGUUGUGAUUAAAUGAUCCAUAUUUCCAGAUACAACCAGUCUUCUUCCCUA